AUGGUAAAGGAGGUCUGGAGGUGCUGGGUGGAGGUGCUGAGGGAGGAACCGGGCCGAAGGAAGGAAAGCAGACAGAACAGGGCCGGCGGGAAUCGAGCGCAGCAAAACAGCUCCAACCUCAAUCCAACGCCAGCGCCCGGCCGGCACAGCACGGAAUCCCGGGGAAGGCGGAGGUGGGGGUCCGAGGCCCCGCCAAGGCCCGGAAGCGAAAGCCUCUCCACCUCUUCCGAGCGGGGUCACGGCCCGGCAGUCGGUAGCCUGGUUUCCGAGAGUGCGGGGCGGUCGGCGGGUCAGGGCAGCCCGGGGCCUGACGCCAUGUCCCGGAACCUGCGCACCGCGCUCAUUUUCGGCGGCUUCAUCUCCCUGAUCGGCGCCGCCUUCUAUCCCAUCUACUUCCGGCCCCUAAUGAGAUUGGAGGAGUACAAGAAGGAACAAGCUAUAAAUCGGGCUGGAAUUGUUCAAGAGGAUGUGCAGCCACCAGGGUUAAAAGUGUGGUCUGAUCCAUUUGGCAGGAAAUGAGAGGGCUGUCACCAGCUCUGAUUAAGAAAGGAGAUUUCUUCAUGCUUUCGAUUCUGCAUGGGGUACAGUCAGUCACCUCACCAGAGAAUGACGGCUGGAGAAGAAAACUCUAAUACCAUAAAUGAGAGUGCUUGUAAUAAAAGACUGUGCACAAGGAUUAAUAUUUCCCUUCUUAAGUAUCAAAAGAACUCUGGAACAAAUUAUACCAUUAGGAAGGUUUUCAUGAUUCAGUAGAUUUUCCAAAAAUGAAGCUAUCUCACCCAGCUGGGUUUGGAGCAAUCUGCUUAUUAUUCUGUCGUUACCACUUACUCAAGCGAGCUGUGAUAUGAAUACAAGCAACCAGUGGGCUCGGGAAGGUCCGGGUCUAUUUUGCCAUCUUCCAGAUAAGAGAUUUCAGUAAAAAACUGCCAUGCUGAGCUGCCUUAUAGAGCUCUUUGAAAAUGUUCAAGUUGAUAAAGCUCUUUGAGAACAAGGUACUUCGUGCACCUCAUGCUGAAGAUUGCACCAUGUUGGAAAAUAAAAAUGAAGCAAGUCAAACUAGAUGCAUACACUUGUGUAGAAAUCAAUAAUCAAUUAAUAGAAGUGAAAAAAUAGACAUUAAAAUGAUUUAUUUCUA